AUGAAAGUUCUUUUGGUUUGUGUUGGCAGCCGUGGUGAUGCCGAACCCUUUGUGGCCAUUGCCGAUCGAUUGUUGCAAGAUUCGCAUCAGGUUGAGUUUGUCAUUCAGCCCGAAUUGAAAGAGUUAUUGGUGCCAUCCUCCUCUCAUUCCGCGAACAACAAUCUGAGGGUUCACGAAUGGCCGUUUACACAAUAUGAUUUUUAUAAAUACGCUGCCAAUCCAUCCAAAGGAGCAAAUUUAGAAGGUCGAUUGAGAUUUGUGGCCAUUGUGGCAGAUUGUAUUGGAGAAUUGGUCUUGCCAAGUUGGAAGAUGGUCUUGGACGCAGCCAAGGACUGUAAUAUCAUUAUUACAUCGGCAUUGGCACGGCCCUUGGCAUUUGCUCUAUCGGCCAAACUAAAGAUCCCUUCCGUUCUCAUCCAUUUGCAACCUCUCGUGCCGACCAAACUCUUUCCUCACAGCAGCAACCAAGACGAUUUCAUUGAGACUUUGCAGACCUUGGAAAUAUCGGACGACGCGAUUACUGCCGAGUCUGGAUUAGAAGAGAAUCUCGAGACGUAUUGGACGUUGGAACAGCACCAACAUGACUUUUUGGAAGACCGGCUGGAUAAGAUGUACAAGGAGAUGGAGAUUGAACCCAAAAUGACAUUUACAGCUCUUCGAACGAUCUUGUCAGGAAACGAUCCUUCUGUUUUCAUUGGCAAUUCCUUUUUUGAUGAGAUCAUUCCAAGAGUUGUGGAUGCAGGUCCCAACGUUCGUCACAUUUCUUCUCUGGCAGAUCACUACAUUCCCCAAGGCUUUGAACCUCCUCAAAAUGUCGUUGAUUUUCUGAACCAGUCGACCGACAAGCCCAUUUGUGUUGGAUUUGGUAGCAUGCCUUACUCUCAAGUAACACUCAUCCUGAAGGCACUCAAGAGACUUGAUGGUGGACAACAUCGAGCCAUUUUGAUUGGAAAGGCCUUGGAGUUGCCCAAACCAGAGGACAAGAAUGAAGAUGAUGAUCAUGAUCAUGAUGACGAUGGACUUUCAGCUUGGGUCCAAACCAAUGUUUUGCAAGCCUACAGUCUACCAUAUGCUUGGUUAUUGCCUCAAUGCCAAAUGAUGCUCAGUCAUGGUGGAGCUGGUGUCACUCAUGCCACCCUCCGCGCUGGGAUUCCUCCAGUGAUUAGUCCUUUAAUGGGUGAUCAAUUCUUUUUUGCCGAAUUGCUACAAUCCCGAGGAUUGGGCGCUCGGGCUGGUCAAUCGUUGUCAACGGCUACAGAAGAUGACUUUGUGCAAGCCAUGGAAAAAGCCAUGGGUUGUGUCGACAGUGCCAAGCAAUUUGGAGAAGAAGUCCGAAACCAACCCUUGGGAGUGGACAAUUUGAUGAAUCUACUUUUGGAUGCGGUGAAAUUGUAA